GAAUUAAUACAUGGUCAAUUUCUCUUGAUGCUAUUUUGCUUAUCUAAGAUAACGCAGUUAGUGGGGCAUUGUUGAACGAUUCACAUUUCCCCGAUUCACCCCGAAACUUAAACCAUCCAAAAUGUGACUAAAAGUUAGAAUCUUGAAUGUUAAAACAUAAUACCUAAUGAAAUAUCAGUUAGGUAAUAAUCAUAAGUUGCCAUCUUAAAAUGUCACCUGUUCAUAAAAUAGCUCUUAUCCAGCUUCAUCCCAAGCCUCUUUCGCCGGUCAACAAUUUCGCCAAGGCCGAAGCUUUCAUACGAGAUGCCGCUCAUAAAGGAUGUCAUCUCGCUGCCUUACCCGAGUACCACCUCACUUCGUGGGUCCCGGACGAACCGAAUUUCAAGGAAAGUUGUGCAGAGUCGGCAAAUUACUUGAAGAAAUACCAGCAAUUAGCUAAGGAGCUAAAUAUUUGUAUUGUGCCCGGCACAAUCAUCGAAGUAGAAGGCGAUUCCCUUCACAACAUCGCCUAUUUCAUAGGUUCGAACGGCGAGGUGCUAGGGCGGUACCAGAAGAAGAAUCUUUGGCACCCCGAGCGACGGCACCUAGUCUCAUCAGCCCACGAACCGCACGUGGCUUUUGACACGCCACUGGGGCGCGUGGGGCUACUGAUUUGCUGGGAUCUAGCUUUCCCGGAGGCAUUCCGAGAACUUAUCUCCGACGGCGCACAAAUUAUCUGCGUCCCUACGUUCUGGAGCAUGAAAGACGUCACCGAUGAGGGGUAUUCCCUUAAUCCGGACGGCGAAGCUCUAUUUUUGCAGAGUACGGUGGUCAGUCGAGCGUUCGAAAACACAUGCGCGGUUGUGUUUGUCAAUGCAGGAGGUCCACCAGAUAAAGGGGAGAACACUAGUUUCGCGGGCUUAAGUCAAGUCAGCGUACCCCAUAUCGGUUCACUUGGGAAGCUGGGGCGCGCCGAGGGCGUUUCGAUUGUGGAUUUGGAUAUGGAUGUGCUAAAGAUAGCGGAGAAUAAUUAUAAAGUCAGGGAAGACAUGAAGAAAGAAGGCUGGCAUUACGCUUAUACUCAAAUCAGAGACGGAAGCAAAUUGUAAGUAAGCGUUGAUUGCGGCAAUUCACAUAAUUGACUUUCAGAUAGGGAAUCAUGAAAAGUUUAAAAAG